GUGUCCCCCAGGUGUAUCCAGGUGUUCUCCCAGGUAUAACCAGGUGUACAGACACCCCGCGACUCUCCCUCAGCUGCCCCCAGGUGUAUCAGGGCGACGGAGGUGACGCCAGCCGCGGGAGAGCCUGCUGCACAAGUUCAAGGGCGCAGGAGCUGAUCGAAGGCGCGGGGAGCCUGACACGGCCCCGCCCUCGCCACCUGGGCGCCGACCCACUCCAAGCUGGCCAUGGCCGCCCGCCGCCGCCGCCUUGCUUGGCGGCGGCGCCAGCGGAGCAGCUGCCGGGGCGAGUCCACCAGGAGCAGCAGAGUAAGAAGGUGAGCCAGGAGAUCCUGGAGCUGCUCAACACCACCACGGCCAAGGAGCAGUCCACGUGGAAGUUCCGGCGUGGUCGGCCCCAGGUGCAGGAGUUCUGCGACCGCGGCACCAAGGAGGAGUGCGUCAAGGCCUCGGCUGAGGACAGGCCCCUGCAGCGCCUGCACUUCCGCAGCAUCAUCAACAAGCACACGGACGAGUCGCUGGGCGACUGCUCCUUCCUCAACACGUGCUUCCACAUGGACACCUGCAAGUACGUGCACUACGAGAUCGACGCCUGCGCCGCCACGCCCCGCCCCCGCCCACCCGCGGCCCCGCCCCCCCGCCUCCCCGCCCCCGGCCCCGCGCCCCUCUCCCGUUUUUUUCCAGUGGAUCUGCUGCGCGACAUCCGCUACCUGGGCGUGUCCAUCCUGGGCAAGUUCAGUGUGGUGAUGGCCGACCCGCCCUGGGACAUCCACAUGGAGCUGCCCUACGCACGCUGGCGGGACGGCGAGAUCGCGGCGCCUCAACAUCCCGUGCUGCAGGACGAGGGCUUCCUCUUCCUCUGGGUCACCGGCAGGGCCAUGGAGCUGGGCCGGGAAUGCCUCAACCUCUGGGGGUACGAGCGGGUGGACGAGAUAAUUUGGGUGAAGACGAAUCAGCUGCAGCGAAUCAUCCGCACGGGGCGCACGGGGCACUGGCUGAACCACGGCAAGGAGCACUGCCUGGUUGGGGUGAAGGGGAACCCCCAAGGCUUCAACCGGGGCCUGGACUGCGACGUCAUCGUGGCCGAG